GGUAUUUUAAUUAUCUACGGAUUCAGUAAGCCUAGUGAUAUAUUGGAGCGAAUUAUUGAGAAAAGAAUGUCCCGAUUUCUAACAGUGACACUGGUGCAAAAGAUUGUACUGUUUUUUUUGGGAGGGAGGAUUUGUUGAAUGUUAUUUUACAUAAGUAGAAAAGAGUUAGAAGGACAAGUAUUUGCCUGCCUUUCUCUGCCAGACUGCAGUUUUUUAUAAUUUAAUAUAGAGAAAACGUGUUCCAGUAUAUUAUAGAACUCACUGUCUCUCGAUGAGGUAGAUUGUAUGUAUGUGUGUGUCCAUAUGUGUAUAACUCUAAAAGUCUGUGUAUUUCUUCCAACAGUUUACCGAUCCACAAUAUAAAAACACAAAAUAAACUUUUUGAAAAUAUAUAAAUACAAGAAAUAUGCUUGAAAUUGUUAUCUCUAGUCCUAAAUGCGAAAAAAUUUGUCAGUGGAGAAUACGUAAUUGCACAUCUUAUUUCAAACGAAAACACAAAUCAACGGAACAUUGGACAUAUCAGACGAAGAAAGGUCUGGGGCCGGGGAUAGCCGAUAAAAAGAAGAAAAGAAAACAGAUCAACAGGGACAUUGUUGGAUGUGUACGAUAAUCACGGCCUGCUAAUUUAAUAUAGUUUUCAUAUAAGUUUAUCCAAGUUUUUUUCCGAAAUCAUGGAUUAUCGUUGCCCAGAGUUCAAUUCGAAAGACGCAAUUCAAACCUGGUUAACAAGUUUGGAGGCAUAUAUUAAUGAACCAGCAAUAAACAAAUGUGUUCGACAAAUAUCUUAUUUAGCAACCACAAUAACAGAUGAUAAUAAAAUUGCUUGGUUACUAAAGGCAAUAAGUUUCAUUGAUUUAACUACUUUGAAUAACGACGAUACAACUAGCACCAUAGAACAAUUGUGUGAAAAUGCUGCAAAUCCUAUAAAGGACCUUCCGUUUCUAUGGGAUAAACCACUUCAUACUGCUGCUAUUUGUGUUUAUCCAUCCAAAAUAAAAGAUGCAAUGAAUACCUUAAAGAGAUUGAAGAAAACGAAUAUAAUUAAGAUCGCUAGUGUGGCAGCAGGAUUUCCUUCUGGAUUAUUUCCAUUGGAGACUCGAAUAGAGGAAGUGCGUUUAGCAAUAGAGUAUGGAGCACAAGAAAUAGAUAUUGUGAUCGAUCGAUCGUUAGUUUUAAAUCAUCAAUGGAUGAUGCUGUAUCAAGAGUUGCUAUCUAUUCGUGCACUUUUGCCUAAGAAUAAGGAAAGGACAGUAUGUUUAAAAGUUAUAAUAUCAUCAGGAGAAUUGUUCAAUUUGAAAGAUGUAUAUAAGGCAUCCAUGGUAGCUCUAUUUGCUGGUGCUGAUUUCAUUAAGACAUCUACAGGAAAAGAUUUAGUUAAUGCGACUUUGCAAGCGGGAAUUGUUAUGUGUAGAGCGAUAAAAGAGUUUCAAAGACUGGCUGGAAUAAAGACUGGCUUUAAACCUGCCGGAGGAAUUAAGACUGCGCAAGAUGCUUUAGAAUGGAUGGUCUUGAUUAAGGAAGAAUUGGGGAAUGAUUGGUUGACAAGCGAUUAUUUUAGAAUCGGUGCAUCAAGUUUAUUGGAAAAUAUUAGUACUGAAAUUAGCAAAACAUAUCAAAACAAGUCAAUUUCACGAUCACUGGAAGAUUUUGAAAAUGAGAUGUCUGAAAGAGAUAACGAUGAAGGAGAUAGUAAAGACAAAAAAGAUGAAGAAGAUGACGCAGAUAAUCAAGAAGAUGUAGAAGAUAAAGGAAAAAAUAAAGAUCAAAAUAAAAAGUCUAAUUGGGUCUAGAUAAGACAGUGAUAAAAUAUUUUUAUAUCGUUUUUAUAUAUUCAUAAUUUCGAUCAUAUAUUCAAAAAUAA